UUCUUCAAGAUUUCCUGAUAGAGCGAUAUGACUCAUAUCCAGAUUAUCAAUAUUUUAUUGGCGCUGUACUGCGUCAAGUAUUCAGUCUUGGCUGGAUUGUUACCAGAAGGUAACAACGGUUAUCAAUAUAACAGACCGAGUGGGGGAGCUUUUAGUUCAUCCAAUGUUGAUCCUAAUAGACGAGGCUACCCUGUUGAUACGCCUGAACGAUUUGGUUUGAAUCCCAUCACUACUCCUGGUGCCAAUGUAUAUGACUUUGGAGGCAGACCUACAACUUCGUAUGGAGCUCCUGGCUUCGGAGGUUUUGGAAGUGAUAUCGGGUUCUCUAGAAGACCGGUUGGUGCGUUUAAUGUUCCUGGUGGAUACAAUACCAUUGGAAAUUAUCAGGGUAGAAAUGGUGUACUUGAUUACAACGGAAUCAGUGAUGCUUAUCGUAAUCCUUUUAAUAUAGAAGAUAAUAGACCACGGCCAUACAGCUUCCAAUACGAGGUACGGGAUCCACCGAGUGGUAAUGACUAUGGCCAGCAGGAAACCAGUGAUGGAAAUGUGGUUCAAGGAGAAUAUCGAGUUCUUUUACCAGACUCGAGAACACAAAUCGUAAAAUAUACUGCAGACAAUGUGAACGGGUACAAUGCUGAUGUUCAGUACGAGGGUCAGGCACAAUUUCCAAGACCUGGUGCUGCCUCAGGCUAUCAAUUUCCUGGUACAUCCGAGACUCCUUAUCAACCUAGCUUUGGUCUUAUACCCUAUCAAGGUAGAGGCAACUAUAACGGACCAAGUGGAGGAGGAUUCACUCCUCGAAGUAACAGCAUCUUUGGUAGUGGCGGCGGCGUUGGUGUAGGUACUGGUCCUGGUAAUCAAUACUUACCUCCCGGCGGUGGAUAUGGCAAAUGAUCGCAAGCAAUACUCUUAUCACAUUUUAAUUUUUUUUAUUCCUCUUCGACUGCCACUCAUCUUCAUGUUCUUGUUAUUUAUCGUAAAGAUGAAUUUGCAGAAUGUUAAUCAUGCUGUUGGUUCUUUCUUUAUCUAGUAAAAUACCUAUUUCUACAUAAAUUAAAACACUAUAUUAUUUGAUUAAAUAUAAUUAUGUUAUGAUUUUAUCUAUAAAGCUUUAAAAAUUAUACUAAUUGUGUAUGCAACAUGUAGAUGUGUUUUAUAUCAUGUUGAUGACUCUCAAUCAAAGAUUUGCAUUAUCUGUAUAUUUUAUACUAAUAAUACUUUAAAUAAAAUUUCCUCAAUGACUUAUCAUCUA